GUUAAAACAAGAUUUUUUUUGACUUUUUAUGAAAAUGUCUGUGUAUACAUACAGAAACAAGUUUUCAAAAGAUCAAAUCAGCGAGUUUCAGAGCGCAUUUAUUCUAUUAGAGCGAAGUAAUGGAUGCAUUCAUACUCAUGAUUUUCGCAAACUAUUGGCUACAAUUGGAUACAAUCCAGCAGAUAAGGUGCUUGAAGAACUUUAUCUUUCUAUUGAAAACGGAAAAAAACAACUAAACUUUGACGAGUUUAUGGAAUUAAUAGCGCAAUUAGAAACUGACGACAAAAAUACGAAGGAAGCAAAAGAUGCAUUUAAUGCAUUCGAUUUUGAAGGCAAUGGUUACAUUCCAGCCUUCGAUAUUAAAGAAGCAUUAAUGUGUGUAUUAAAAACAGCCAAAGACUCUGAAAGAGAAGCAAUUAUUAAAUUUUUCAAACUGGAAACAAACAGAAAAGUCUAUUUUAAUGAAUUUAAAGCAAUGAUUACAUAUAGUCCGUAAAUCGUGUUACACCAAUUGCAUUCAAAACAUCGCUAAAGAGUUUAACAUACCCUUGAAAAAGCAAAAAUGAAAAAUCGAAUGAAAAAAAAAACAUUAAAAAAGAAUUGUUUGAAUUUAGAAGUAACGAGGAAUUAAGAUCUUUUAGUGAUUUAGUAAAAAUGAAAAAAUAUAACAAUUUUUUGAUA